CCCGGCGGGCAGAGCGGUGUCGGUCAUGGCGGUGUGCGCCCGGCUGUGCGGGGUAGGCCCGGCCCGCGGGUGCCGCCGGCGGGGAGCGGCGCGGGAGCAACGGCGCGGCGGGGCCGGGGAUAGCGAACCGGACACCGACACCGACCCCGAGGAGGCGGGCGGCGGCGGCGGCGGCGGCUCCGAGGAGGAUGAGGAGGCGGCGGAGCGCAUCGAGGGCGGGCGGCCCCUGCCGCACCCCGCCGAGGCCGGCCCGGCGGGUCGGGCCCCGCUGUCCAUCCUGGAGCUGCCCCCUGAGCUCCUGGUGCAGAUCUUCGGCUCCCUGCCCGGUACCGACCUACCCAGCCUGGCCCGCGUCUGCACCACCUUCCGCCGCAUCCUCCGCACUGACACGAUCUGGCGGCGGCGCUGCCGCGAAGAAUAUGGGGUCUGUGAAAACCUGCGGAAGUUGGAGAUCACAGGAGUGUCCUGUCGAGAUGUUUAUGCCAAGCGUAUAAACCCACGAGUGAAGUCGGGGCGUUUUAUGAAAAUCCUUCCCGACUACGAGCACAUGGAGUACAGAGAUGUUUACACCUGCCUGCUGCACCGAUACCGACACAUCCUGGGGUUAUGGCAGCCGGACAUCGGGCCCUAUGGGGGACUGCUGAACGUGGUGGUAGAUGGUUUGUUCAUCAUCGGGUGGAUGUACUUGCCACCUCAUGACCCUCAUGUUGAUGAUCCAAUGAGGUUCAAACCUCUCUUCAGGAUUCAUCUCAUGGAGAGGAAGGCUGCAACGGUUGAGUGUAUGUAUGGUCAUAAGGGACCUCAUAAUGGCCAUAUCCAGAUUGUAAAGAAGGAUGAGUUCUCCACGAAAUGCAACCAGACAGACCAUCAUCGGAUGUCAGGGGGAAGACAAGAGGAAUUCCGGACCUGGCUACGGGAAGAGUGGGGUCGAACUCUGGAAGACAUCUUCCACGAACACAUGCAAGAGCUCAUUUUAAUGAAGUUCAUCUACACCAGCCAAUAUGACAACUGCCUGACAUACCGACGCAUCUACCUCCCUCCUAGUAGCCCUGAUGACCUUAUAAAGCCAGGUCUCUUCAAAGGAACCUAUGGGAGCCAUGGGCUGGAGAUUGUCAUGUUGAGCUUUCAUGGGAAGAAAGCAAAGGGGACUAAAAUCACUGGAGAUCCCAACAUCCCGGCUGGACAGCAGACUGUGGAGAUUGACCUGGCGCAUCCUCUGCACCUGGCUGACAUUGAGAACCUUCGUGAUUUCAGUGAGCUCUCUCGCAUUGUCCUGGAGGUCCAGGAGCAGGUGCGUCGGGAAGAGCAGGAACAGGAACACCGGCAGGAGGAAGAGGACCCAUCCCAGCCUGCUGCAAAGCCCUUGGGAGGAGAAGGUGCCGAGGGGGAAGACACCGCAGCAGGAACGGAGGGGUCAACCCAGGACAAGGCACCAGCUUCCCAGCCCUUCGUGCUGCCCAUAGGAGUCAUAUCGAGGAAUGAAGAUUACCCCCGGACCUGCCGAAUUUGUUAUUAUGGGACGGGGCUUAUUGCUGGCCACGGCUUCACCAGCCCUGAGCGAACACCGGGUGUGUUUGUGCUCUUCGAUGACGACCGCUUCGGAUUCAUCUGGCUGGACCUCAAGUCCUUCAGUCUCUACAGCCGGAUCAAGGUGGCCUUCCAGAACGCCGACGCACCUUCCCGUGAGGCUUUCGAUGAAAUGCUGAAGAACAUUCAGUCACUGGCUACUUGACGGGUAGUGAUGGACAGGGCUAGGGGUUGCAAAGGCUGCUGCACUCCCCCAGCCAGAGCUUAGAUGGGGAUUCCUUGCUCUUGGUACCUCUGAAGAAAAGCAUGCACUUUUAAUAAAGCCUUUUUACCCCAAAUGUACACAUCCCGGUUAAAAUAUCCAUGACUGUCCUUUCCUCCCUGCCACUCCACACUGCUCCCUAGCAGUUCUUGUUACCCAGUCUGUAACAUAGCUUUGUAUAGCUGAAGGGAUCCUGCAGAGGAGGAAACAGACCUUUCAUAUUGCAGAAAACGAAUGUAUUGGAACAAAAGUAACUCGAGGUCAGAGUUGGAUCAGAAGAACAUCUAAUUGACAGGAUGGACACAAGCCCUCUGCUCUGACCAUUAGCAGUCUCGUGUGGAAAGAGCUCUUCUGCAAGGAGGAGACUCAUUUAAAGCCUUUGCUACACUGUAGGAUGAUCUGUCCCCCUGGGAGACUGGCUUUACUGUCCUGAAAAGCUGUGUAGUCCCCAGCUGCAAACUGUGUGGCUGCUUAAUGUCACCAUUGACAAAGCAUAUCCUCCUCUCCAGAAACCUUUCUCUGGGUGCAGCAUUGUUAAGAGAGGCUGGUGUAAUACCUGCAGUCCUUGGUUUAGUCAUUGCAGUGGGUGGUUUUCUUUGAGAAUUUCCUUUGAGAAUUUCCCUCAGCUUGGCAGCAAGGGGAGGAUUCCCACUGUAAAUGACAGUGUGUGUAGUGUUGCCCUGGAUUCUGGAGCUUGAUGGAUGUGCUGUCCCUGGAGCUCCAAGUCUGGGUGUCUCCCUGAGCAUGAAGGAGAUUAUUUUUCUUACAGCAGCUGGGUAUGGAGCUGGAAGUGACUGUAAAUUGCAGAUGCUGGUGCAUUCAGAUUGGCUUUGUACCUGAACAGUUAACCUCAGAUCUUUAAAGUCGGUCUGAAAAUGUAAAGGAAGAAGAAAAAAGAAAACCAACUGUGAAAUAAGCCUAGCUGCAAUCUGAUGACUGCUGUCUGUGAUGGGCAGCAGAAGGUGGGAUGCGUCACUGGUACUGUUGUAGCUCCUUUCAGGUGUCACUCUCAUAUCAGGUUGCCCUGUGAAGUCUGAAGGAGCACUGGGGGAUUCUCCUAAUAUUGCAGUGGCUUGUUCUGGCAUGUUUCACAGUUGAUGCUGUCAGGUGGAUGCUGCUUCUUUUCUCUUAAGAACCUUCUAUUCCCUUCCUAGUUGUGCUUGUUUCAUCCUGGAGGACUGCUGCUUUAACAGAAAGCUCUUGGGCUUAGUUUGUUUCCGUGAUACCUGCAUUCUCUGUGGCAGACCUGAGCUCCACUGGAAAUGAGACCCUACCUUCCAGGUCUCUGCAGGCUGCAAAGCAGAUUCCGUAUUGACUGUUCUAUUCAGGAAAAUUCUGGCCAGUGCUAAUGUACAGACUGUGAGUUGUGCUAUAAAGCAUCAGCACUUGCAUCAGCGCCUGUUAUUAAUCCUGUGUAGAAAGAGAUGAUAGGGACCCUUGUGUGGAGAGAAAAGAGCUGUUAGUAAGGAACGUCUUGGUUACAUUCAAAAUACAUCCUUUGCUGCAGCUGCUCUCUGGCUGUGAUGAUAAGCUCCAUAUUUAUUCUCUUCCUGCUACCAGACAGAUCUCUGUCUAACAAAACUCUGCCUUUGUAUCUUCUUCAGGUCUUGGUUUGUAAAUGUGUCUCUACAUGUGUACAGUCUGUACAUGUCUGUAGUAGAAUAAAUUCUUCUAUCUCUUCCUGAUGUUUGGAGACAGCAAGAAUAAGCGGGAUAUAUCCCUUCUUAUUCUGGGCAUCAAUACUGGCAUUAUGGUCAGGUAACAGCCCUGCUAUGGAUGUAUUAGGAUAUAUAACAGCAAGAUGAAGGGCAGUAUUGCUAUCUGCAUCUGUCAGAUUCAGGUCAGCAUCAUGCUGUAGCAGAACAGCCACACACUUUCCUUGCUGGCGCUGUACUGCCUUCAUCAGUGGUGAACUGUAAUCACUGUCAAAAAAGUUUAGCUUACACUUGUUUUCUAUUAGGUAUGUAACAACAUCGGUUUGCACAAGCAAGAUGCAGGGGUGUCUGCUCUGCCUUGUCCCACCCAUCGAUGCUGUGCUUCUUCAGCCCCUGGGCCAGGAAGGGAAAAUUCAGACCCCUUCUGUGGAGAAGUUUCAGUCACAGCCUGGUUUCACUGCGAGCAGCUUUUAUUCUUGCUCUCACAAGGGCUUUUAGCCAUUUCUGGCUCUUGAAUGUUCACUCAAGCUGUGUGAGAACCGAGUCUCCAGCAGAGACUUGGAGCAGAAGGUCACGUCACUCACAGGAUUAAUUCCUGUCUCCUUGAAUAUAGUUUUACAAACCUCUGGGAAUUUGAAGGUUGAUUUGGGGCACUUGUUCCUUUGUUUCCUACUGCUUUGUCGGUAGUGGAAAACCUGCCUCAGUGUUAGAGGUGAGGAUGUGAAGUGCGAUUACCAUUCUAGUGAACAAGCUAUAAAAAACAGGUUAUUUCUGAGCAGCCUGUUAGAGGUGUUCCUGUUGUCAUCAGCAGAGGGUAGAGCUGACUUGGACCUGACCCCAACACGUAAGGCUGUGAGAGAGGAAGGGUGGCAGUUCUCUGAGCCUUGGUGCAUGGGCAGGAAGGUGAGCUGAAGCAAAAAUUGGGCAGCUCAGCGUUUUGCUGAGCCAGGUUCUGAGCUGUGUGCAGAAGAACAACUCUUCUUAAGCAUAACCUUAAUGCUUAAUCUUGCAGACACAGGUUUCCAGCUCGAUGAAAGCAGAUUUCUGGGAUACCUAAAGACAUUAGGAGUCUGGCAUCUGGUGGCCACUUUGUCUUGGAGCUCGCUGUUAGGCUGGUGCAGCCAGUACAUUGACUGCUUUGUGUUCUGCCUAGCAGCCUCAAGGGAUGAGAGAGGUCCCCUUGGGCAGCUGUUUAAAUUGCUUGUUCCCAAAAUCAGCUCUGCUUCAGCUUCAGAUUUGCAUUGUGGAUUCCUCCUUCCCUCGAUGUCCCUGCUCACCCAAAAGAGAUAAAAAUCCUGAAGUUUUAUGUAACUGAUUUAAUGGUUUUUGUUUUUUAAAGUAAGAGUGAAAAUCCAGACUGCAUUGAAUGCACUGUGAGCACUUGGCCUGAGACCUGCCUCAAUGUUUCCUAAGAACAGACACUGCUUUUGUACCUACUCUCCUCACUGUAACCUGCUGUGGUGGGUUAGUGGAGUGUAAAGGUGGUGUAGGUAUGCUCCACUGAUGUAUCACAGGAUGUUUUUAGUAGUUGUUACCUGCAGCUUAAAGUCCCCUUGAUACCAGGAGUCUAUUGGGGAUUGCAAACCUAUGGUAGCAGUUGGUGUUUUGCUCAGUGCUGGAUACGGGUCUGCUUUGUCACUUGGAUGAGGACCUGUUGGUUGGCUGUUGGCACAGGCUGUGCAUCUACUGUUCUCCAGACUAAGACAGUUGUUCUGCUUGUAGCUUGUCCCUUCCAAACCUUUGUAGUGGCAGUGGUAAGGGUCUCCUUUUUGAAGGUGGGACCUGCUUGGGUGGCUGGAGAAAAGGGCUUUGCAGAGAACUGAUUGCCUCUUGCAGGAACUUCUCAUAGCUCAGCUUUGCCCCUGUAGUAGCAUCUUUUUAUUUAUAGCAUACCUGGUUGGCCUCAAAAUGUCAGUGUGCUAGUCCUGAUUAAAGCAAAACUGCUGAUACCCUGUGGCUUUAUUCUGUCUAGAGCAAAGGCAGUGAAAGUAGCAAAUUUUGUAUUAAUACUCCUCCUCUACCUUCUCUUAUCACCUUCUGCUCCUCAAAGCCUGGCAGGCUUUUGUGGCAUAUCGGAAGAAAAUUUCCUCUGAUGUGACUUAGGGAGAAGAAAGCUAUUGAGAGGGUGAAUCUGGAGAGAUUGGCAUCAAUGCUCUGGGUGCUCUUGUGCCUUUGCUGGUUCCUUUGUGCAUGACUACAUCAGUGUUUCCAGAGAAAAGCAGAAUAGAAUCAUAGAAUGGAUUGGGUUGAAAAGGACCUUAAGAUCAUCCAGUUUGAACCCCUGCCAUAGGCAGGGAUGCCUUCCACUAGACCAAGUUGCUCCAAGCCUCAUCCAACCUGGCCUUGAGCACUGCCAGGGAUGGAGCAUUUACCACUUCUUUGAGCAACCUGUGCCAGUGCCUCAGCACCCUCACAGUGAAGAACUUCUCUCUUAUAUCUAACCUGAACUUCCCCUGUUUCAGCCUAAACCCAUUCCCCCUUGCCUUGUUGCUACAGUCCCUGAUGAAGAGUCCCCCCCUAGCAUCCUUGUAGGCCCCCUUCAGAUAAGUAGCAGCUCUGAAAGUUUUGGGAAGAGGGGAAUGAAGAGGAGUGCAGCCAGAUGUGGCAGCAGGCGGUUUGGAUCUGUGCAUCAGCCAAGGGGGAUGUGGCUGCAGCCCUGGUCCUGCCUUCCCUUGUGGUGCCUGUGGAAGCAGUGCUAGCAGCACAGUGUUUUCAUAGAAUCAUAGAAUUAGGGUUGGAAAGGACCUUAAGACCAUCCAGUUCCAACCCCCUGCCGUGGGCAGGGACACUACACACUAGACCAUGUCACCCAAGACUCUGUCCAACCUGACCUGUACUUUUGUACUUGUUCAUGUUUGGUACGGGCUCCACCACCUCCUUGCAUCCCCUGUUUGUUCCCUACUUGUCCAGCUUGCUGUGAUAAUUCUGUGAGCUGUUGACAGGGAUAAUGUGUGGUGGUGCCUUGCAGAUGGUGAUAAAUUUCUGGUGCUGAUGUGUCCUUGUCCUGUUCCUCUCUGUAGAAAAACCUUGGGGAUAGUUUGCUUUAUUUCUUGAUCCCAGAUGGGUGGGAAGUGCUGGGGAAGAUGGAAAACAACUUGUCAGGGGUAGGAAUACUCUUGGCAGAAGCCUUUUGGACUAAAACGCUAGCAAUUAGGUUGCAGAGCAGCAUUGCCCUAGUUGCCACAGCAAGACCUUAGGUUUAAUUCUAGCUGAGAAACAAUAUGCAAGUGACUGGCUUACGUUCUUGGGCUGUGUUGUGCUCCUAGAGCGUGCUUUUGGAGUUGUCAAAACCCAUGGGUUUGGCCAGCUGGAAAACAAAAGUAUCAAAGAUCCUCAUCCCGCCUGUUUGUUUGCCUUGGACCUGACUUCAUAGCUAUAAAAGUGCUGUGAUCGGGUGUUGGGGUUUUAGGAGACUCACUGCAGUCCACGUGGACUCAUCAGGCUUUUUGUUUUACUGAGGAGAAGGAAAGAGGAUGGAGUUACUUGUAACUUUGGCUGUCAGCUUCCUGCUAACAGUGAACAGUGCAGUACUGCCAUGGCUGCUCUGGAAUGGGACAGCAGAGGUUGGAUGGCAGUGAGGUAGGAAACUUGUAAUGGGGAUAUAGCCAAUUCAGGUUGGAAGGUGUUCUUGGAGUUGUAAGCUACCAGGAAAAAAACAAAAUGCAGCUGGCUCAAUGUUUACUUUUAAACAAGGGUGACUUUUUACUGCUUCCUAUUCAUUUUAAACUAGUGGAACUUAAUGGGGGUGUUGGGUGUUGUGUGGAGCUGGGUUGUAUAAUCUCAACUUGCUAGUUUAGGAAAUGAUAAUAUAUUAACUCUGUCUUGUAGCUGGUUGCUCACGUGGCCAAUAAUUUUCUGUUGCAUUCAGCUGCCAAAGGAUUAUGUGCUGGCCUUCACUGCAGGCCAAGCACACAGCGUAACUUACCAGUUGGACAGUGAAAGAUUUGAGAGGUGUGAUCAGGAGGUGGAGUGGAAGAUAAGUUACCAAACUGUGAGUGCCACUGACCUUUUUUGUGUGUGUGCGUGCUGAAUUAUGAUUCUGUUCUUUGUUUGGAUUGCAGUAUUUUUAAUUUUGGGGGAAAAAGCACUCAGAUCAACUGUGUUCAUUAGCUUAAUUAAAGCAAUCUGCACUUUUUUUGAUUGAUUAAUAAUCCUACAUCUCUGUUUCCAUGUGUGUUUUGCACUCACUACUUCAAGGUUACACCAGUGGAUUAAUCUGGGCAUCUACUGUAGGCUUUGUGUAUAUGUAACUCUCUAUACUUCUUAAAAAUGAAGGUAAAACAUCAGAUCCAUGUUCCAUGUAGAGCAUAGUGCAGAGGAAAAAGGUGAGCUUUUCUUUCGGAAAGGCUGUUUGACAUCAAACACCGUGGUUUCAUGUCACGGAUACCCCUGUGGAACAUGGUAACUGUAGUUUAAACAGCUCACCUGUCUGAGUUGUUUUGCUUGUCCUGGGUUUUGAGAGGAACAGGCUGGAUAAAAGCUAGAUGUGACUUUGCAACACUUUGCCUACUUCAUCCCAGCUAUCAGAAAGCUGAGCAAAACGCGUGUGUUACUUUUACACCUGAUCAUUGUUACCCAAGGAGCCUUUUCCAGUUUCAAAUAAUAAAAAGCAAAGUUUUGUGAACUUA